AUGUCACUGGGGAGCCCUGUUCCGCUGUUUCAACGGCCGGACCUGGACGAGGACAUGCUUACAGCGCCCACUAAGCCCCUACCGACCAUCCCACCUCAGAAACCAAAGAUUGUGGGCCUCUUCGGCCUUUCUGGAUUUGGAACUGCAUCCCUUCUCGAUCAACUCAAUGAAGAAAUUGGAGAAGAUGAAUUUGCAUUCUGUGAUGGCAACCAGGCUCUUGCCGCCGUGACUCCCGGAGGACUCAUGGUUUACAAUUCUUUCGGUGAAGACAAGAGACCCGAAUUCCGUGAUAUGGCUCUUUCCGGUUUCGAGAAGGAAUGUGCUCGGAAGAAUAUCAUCGGUGUCGUGGUUCGAUUCUUGGCACUCUGGAACGAAGACAUGCAUUGCUACUCUGUUACCCCUGUCGCGGAUCUGAAAGCACAUACUCAUAUCCUUUACAUGGAAAUGCCUUUCAAGAGCUAUUCAGGAUACCAGGGAGGAGUUUUCCAAAAUGCAGAGGUGCAGGCAAAUCUCAAGCGUUGGCACGGCUGGCAGAAAGCUGAGAUAUGUUAUCUCCGUCACUUCUGUCAGGAAAAUGAUAUUACCUUUACGGUCCUGACACCCCACCUGGCCGAAGUGCCUAAGGUUUCCAGCCUGAUUCAAGACUUUCGGGUGCUGACCGAAUGGCACAACAGAAGAUACGCGGAAGACCAGUUGAUGCGUAUCAUGAGCACUCCCCGCGCAAAGACGGUGGAGACUGUGUUGCUCUUUGAUGCAGAUGGAACUCUUUCACCCCAAGACAGCGAGCACCUGAUCUGGUGCCAGGUUCCUGAUCAUCUCAUGCCGCGGGGGCUUCAGCAAACUCCUUCAAAGAAGUCAAUGGGUCAGAAUGGUAAUACCUACAAGGACUAUCUCCAGACUGUGUUACUGCAUGAGGAGGUUUUUGAUGACGAGAACUUCGCUGCUGUUUGCGAAAAGGCUGCGGCAGCUAUCCGCUUGUACCCCGAUAUGCUGGCUCUCUUGCACUGGGCCCUCAAGACACCUCACACGCUACCGAUAAUCCUCACUGGAGGACCCCGCCUGGUCUGGGAGAACGUCCUGAAAAAAGUAGAGCUGUUCGAGACUGUGGGUUUGAUUGGAGGUGGCCGGCAUGAAGACCGGGCUAUUGUGACCCCCGACGUCAAGGGAUGGCUGAUCACCCUUCUUCAAGAGCAAUGCAAUACAAAAGUCUGGGCGUUCGGGAGUGGUGAAGUGGAUUCGAUCAUGCUGAUGAAGGCCAACCAAGCUGUCCUCAUCACCGAUUCUGAGAGAUGGCUCACCGAGGACGUGAAGCCAAACUGGAAAGACGUGCUUGACCUGAUCUGUCCUCAGUUACACGAUGUGAUCCUUGCUACCAAUGCCCCCAUGGCUCUUCAAUACCGGCCUCAUGAGAUGCAGAUGUUGGGUAGGAUAUUGGUUCGGGAGAUCUUUUCCCGCCGUCUUCCAACUGUGUUUGAAGAAUGA